AGGAAGAUUUUUGCUGCGACAUACGCGACGGUUCUCGUGUAACAUUUUUCAGCAUGGAAAAGGAUACGAGGCUAGAUAGGAAUAAAUAGAAAUUCGAAUGGCGAUGCGAACGUAGGUAGAUGCCACGAUACCUUCCACGAAGGCGAUUGCCGUUUGUUAUUGAAGUUAUUCCAUUGCCUCCGGCCAGAACAAGGCGAGGCUGUAAGCACGUCUGUCCCUGGAUGACGAACGUUUACAUUUCAAUACAGUUGGAAUUUUUCUAAAACCGUUCAGUCUCUAGUCGCGAUGCGCGCGGUGCCUCCAUCGUGAUUCCUUCGUUGCAUAGGACAUCCGCGGCAUUUCAAUUAGCCACUUCGACGAAUAAAAAUUGCAGUCGUUUCUCCACGGACCAAGUUCCUACGCGAAAGAUCGUCAAACGCUACUCACGUUCUUGCAUCUCGAUGUCUUCUUUCUAACCAGCUCGUUAACUCUUAGAUCCUCUUCCUCCGAGCAGUUCGGUCCAACUUCUUAAUCGCAUUCUCGGCCAGGUAACAAAGCAUCGUUUCUUCGCGAGUUAACCGUGGUCCACGGUGCUCGUCGGUUAGCCCAACUUUCCAUUACGAUAAGCUUUUCCAAAUUUCGAAAAUGCAAAAUAUUUACGCACAGUGUGUAAUUAUCGUGCGCGUUCUGUUGAGCCAAGCUAUUACCAUCCAGAGAAGAUACGUGUUCUAGAAAAUAGCUGCUCGUCGUGGAAUUUUUCGAAAGAUCCGUCUACAUCCACCUGUUGCGAGACUCUAGAAUCCUUGGCCAUGGUUCAUUCAGUGGUUCGACCAAGCGGAAAGUAGAGAUUUAAUGAAGUGGCGCUUGUCGGAGGUGGUGCGGGGUUACACGAUCGUGAAGGGGAACGGGCAACAAUUACCUGGAGGAAGUCGUCGUAAAACCGAUCCUUUCGGUAUUCAUUUACAGCUGCUACCUUUCCAACAUCAAAGUGGGGAUCCUACUUGAAAAACGAAGCUUCCACGUCGAUCCUGUUAGUCGAUUAAAGUUCGUUUCACCAAGACGAUCGUUAGCGAAGAAUUGUUUUUCCUGUACGUGUCCUUCCUCCCUGGAUGAUGCUGAAAUCGUAAUCAAACGUAACACGAUGACGAGUUGGAGCAGAACGGUACUCGUCGCUAUCAUUGCAAUCUUACUCCUGGUGGCAAUUACCAAAUACUCCGAAGCCUGUAACGAAGCGAUCUGUGCCAGCGUCGUGAGCAAGUGUAUGCUCACGCAAAGCUGCAAGUGCGAUCUCGUUACCUGUACCUGUUGCAAGGAAUGCUUCUCCUGUCUUAGUUAUCUUUACGACGAAUGCUGUUCGUGCGUCGAUCUAUGCCCGAAACCAAACAUCACGGACAAUCCGUUGAGCAAGAAGUCUCAUGUGGAGGACUUUACGGAACCGGUGCCAGGUCUGUUCCAAGCGCUGACCGCAGAACCGGAUCCGCACAAACGCUGGCUCACGUUCACGUUUCCGGUGGAUUUUGAUAUGUCUCUGUUUACACCAAAGCACGAAAAAGAAAUGAAAUACCAUAUGCAAACUGCCGACGAAGAGGUGCAUCCGUUGAAACCAAACGUAAUGACGGUCAAUUGCACCGUUGCGUUUAUAGCUCAGUGUAACUCCUGGAACAAGUGUCAGGCGUCUUGUCAAAGUAUGGGUGCUACCAGUUAUAGAUGGUUCCACGACGGUUGUUGCGAAUGUAUAGGAGACACCUGUAUCAAUUAUGGGAUCAACGAAUCGAGAUGUAUACACUGUCCGCUGGACAAAGAAGAGGACGAUUUGAAGGAUCAAUAUGACGAUUAUGGUCAAGACGAAGACGAUUUGGCGGAAGUCGAGAUCGAUUAACGUCAUCGGCUUCCUUUCCGACUUCAUGUACGUUUCUUCGAGUGGAUUGUAUUAAAGUUGUGUCAAGGGUGAGUGCAAUCCCGGUGACGAUACUUGACCAUCAGGAAUUGAAUUGCAAAUAGUGACGUCGUUUGUACUUGUUCGUGAUAUUUAUCGAUUUGACCAUAUUCGUGUGCAGAAACUAUGUGGCUUCCGGAAUGACCUUUUAAAAAUAUACGAGUGAUGAACUUGGUUCCCUUCAAAAGGGAUUCGGUCGGUAGGAAAUGUAAUAUAAAUCAUUACGGUCAUUAAGGCUGAAAGCUAUUGACUGUCAACUCAUUUAAUGCUAUCGCGUUUCGGUUUAACUAAGUAAACGCACAAAUGACAGCUAAAUUUAAUGACGGUUUGAACUAACUGGUUUAUAGUGUCACUUCAAUGGCAUAGCACGUUGAAGUCAUUGCUCGUUAUCAAGUGUUAAAUAUGUAUGUAAGCAGCCCUGUGGUGUUAAAUGUUUUAUUUUUUUGUGCCAUAUGAAUCAACUUGUACAUGUAUCAACUCAUUCAUAAUGAAUUGACGUAAUCAUGACGCGUCGGUUAUAUUGUUCAGAUAAAUACCAUUGUCCGUGUUUCUCUGAUGUUUACUCUUUUACCUGAUUGGACGAAUAUUACGAGAAUAAGAACUCUUUCAAUUGCACGAUAUAAACGAAAUGAUACAAGUACGCGCUUUAGAGGAACACGGACAAUUUGUACGAUUGAUAAUGUGCACACGUGAAUAAUCAAGUCGGAAGAAGUGUAAUUUAUAUGAUAUGGUUUAAUACUGCACUUGGUUAUGCCAAUGCAUAAUAUUAAGACAAUAUGCAGGAUCGAGUAGGAAAAUGUUCAGGUUUUUAAUUUUCAAUUCAUGCGGUUAUAUGUAAUAUAAAUAACAACAUUAGCAUAAUAUUGAUACUGAAAAUUGCAAAUUCCAUUAAAGCUUUAUCAUUAUUGAACUAAGAGUGGAACUCGGGAACAAAAUUCCAUCAGAAAAAUAUCAAUGAGCACUUUUCCCCUGAAAAUUAUUAAUAGACUAGAGAGAGGAAGCGGAGCCAAUAUCAAAUAAUCACCCA